GAUAUGGUAUAAACGACGUAAAUAAAAAACUUAAAAUCAGUUUGUUCGCGGCAAAGUGUGUGACGGGUGGUGUUAAGUGUAUCGAAAGAAAAAUAAAUCAAGCCAAUAUGCUACGAAACUUUACCAAAAUUUUACAAGUUCAAAAAGCAAAAUUGUCUGCCGCUGCUGCACCGGCGCCACAAACAAACCCAGAAAUAUUAUACACAGGGCUUUUCAUCAACAAUGAAUGGGUGAAAUCAUCAGAUGGUAAGACAUUCACAACAGAGAAUCCUGCAACAGAAAAGGUGAUAGCAGAAGUACAACAGGCAGGCAAAGCUGAUGUGGAUAAAGCUGUGAAAGCGGCUAAGGAUGCAUUCAAGUUGGGGUCUCCUUGGAGGCGGAUGGAUGCUUCAGAGAGAGGAUACCUGUUGAAUAGACUUGCCGAUCUUAUUGACAGAGACAAAGCUUAUAUAGCUAGUUUGGAGACACUUGACAACGGCAAACCGUAUACCGCGUCGUACUACGGUGACGUGACUGCCUCUGCCAACAAUUUGCGUUACUACGCCGGUUGGGCUGACAAGAACCAUGGAUAUGUGCUACCUACUGAUGGAAAUUACUUCGCUUACACACGACAUGAACCUGUGGGCGUGUGCGGUCAGAUCAUCCCAUGGAACUUCCCGCUGUUGAUGGCAUCAUGGAAACUGGGACCGGCGCUGGCCACUGGCAAUACCAUUAUCCUCAAGCCAGCGGAGCAGACACCGCUCACCGCGCUGUAUCUCGCUCAGCUCGUAAAGGAAGCUGGUUUCCCCGAGGGUGUGGUGAAUGUUCUGCCUGGUUUCGGAGAUGCCGGAGCUGCACUUGUACAGCAUCCUGAUGUCGACAAGAUUGCUUUCACUGGGUCUACUGAAGUGGGUAAAUCAAUCCAGCGUGGUGUAGCUGACACUAUCAAGAGAGUGACAUUAGAGUUAGGUGGAAAAUCUCCCAACAUAAUCCUAGCUGAUGCUGACCUGGAGUACGCGGUGGAGAAGGCGCAUAUGGCCGUGUUUUAUAACAUGGGACAAUGUUGCUGCGCUGGUUCACGUACAUUCGUCGAAGAGUCUAUAUACGAUAAAUUCGUCGAAAUGUCAGCGGAGCGCGCCAAAAAGCGGGUAGUCGGAGAUCCUUUCAAUCUAGCUACAGAACAGGGUCCUCAAGUUGACAAGGAACAGCACCAGCAAAUCCUAAAGCUAAUAGAAAGCGGGAAAAAUCAGGGCGCGAAGUUAGUCACUGGUGGCGGUCGUGCUGGUAGCGUCGGCCAUUUUAUACAACCGACUGUAUUCAGUGAUGUAAAAGAUGACAUGGAUAUUGCACGUUAUGAGAUCUUUGGACCUGUUCAGCAAAUUAUGAAAUUCUCCAAAAUGGAUGAACUGAUCCAACGCGCCAAUGACACACAUUAUGGUCUAGCUGCGGCCAUAUUCUCUAAGGAUUUGGACAAAACCAACUAUCUCAUACAGGGUUUGCGUGCGGGUACUAUCUGGGUGAAUGACUACAACGUAUUCGGUAACCAAGUACCUUUCGGAGGUUACAAGCAGUCAGGUCUCGGCAGAGAGAAUGGACCCUACGGCAUCAAAAACUACACAGAGGUCAAAGCUGUAGUCGUCAAGGUCACCGAGAAGAACUCAUAAAAAUUAAACAAUAAUAACUAUUAACAUUAUUGUGGUGCUUUUCUUAAUAAGAAGAGAGAUGUUUAUACUCAAUUCACACGGCAUUUAUUUUUAAAAAUAAGUCUUUACUGAAGUCCACAACAAAAAAACCUUAAGUAUUAUGUACAAUGUGUCUUCCUUGUUCAUAAGAAUAAGGUUGUAAUGAAGAUAAUGUUCACUUAGUGUAUUGUGAAAAAAUAUACGC